AUGCCCCCCUCGCCCGACUCCGUCGACCCCGCGCAUCCUGUCUCCAACCUCACGUACCUGCACCAGCAGCAGCGCCAGCAACACCACGCGCGGAACAAACCCCUCGACUCUCCACAGUUGCGCGGUCGCAACACGACGACGCGUCAUGAGCUGGGAAGAAGAGAUAGGCAUGGCGAUAGGGUCGCCCGCAUCUAUCCCCGCGAGAUAACCAAGUCACCACCGUCCGCGAAGAGGUACUCGUCCGCAUCUCCCACCGGUCUUGCCUACAACAAUGCCACCACCUCCCCGCUCGUCUCCGCUCUCGGCGUCACCAAGACCGCCGCACAGUAUACAAACGAGUGGACAAAGUCUCUCCCCUUCUUCGCAAACCAAGCUUCCCCUGGCAACGGCGGCAUAGCUAUCAAUCCGUCGCCGCCUGCUUUGCACAACAUGUCCAACUCCCCUCCCGCCCCUGGUGUGAGGCCUCUGAGCCACCCGAAUCACUAUUCGAGUUUCGGAGGACGACUGCAAGGCUCACCCCACGACUCUUCCGGUCGCGACCGUAGGGCUUCUCUGUAUUCUCAGUCAGCAGCUCGUCCCUCCUCCAGGCAAGUCGUCAACAAUCCGCCGUUGCCGCACCAGCCCCAAGCGCAUUUUUACAAUCUGCCUGAUUUCGAUCUGGGCAUGAACAAUGUUCCCGAGGGAGAACUGGCUCCUGGCGAGGGAGGCUACUUUUGUGGUUUCGAUUCGCUAGGCAUGGCUGGUGAUGAGGCCGCCAAAGCAGCUGAAAAUGUACUGCUCGUAGGCUACCAGGGAGGCAUCGACGUAUUCCGUGUCGAGAAAAGCAGGAUGGACAUUGUCGGUCGCCUGGAGGGUCUUAGAGGCGGCGUGAUCGGCGCUAAGAUCCUCCCCUGGACAUCCCGCCACGAUCCGCUAUUCGAUGCCCGGCCCUUGAUAGCGCUCGUUAUACACGGUCCGGUGUUGAGUGACAGCCGGAGCAGUAAUUCAGGCAGUGCAGCGGCCUCUGUCCUGGACGAUUCUGCGUCUGAAUCCCCAAGCCGCCCGGGCUCAAGCCGAGGGAAUGACCCUGCAGAUCGAGUGCUCAAUUAUCAGACCACAGUGGAGGUAUACUCGUUGAAGAGGAAGCAGAGGAUCGCCGUAUUGUAUCAAAGCCCCCUCGUCCCGAUCACAACACGCAUCGAUAGUCCCAUGUUCCAACCACCUGCCCCUGUUGGUGACUUUGUAAUAGAUGCCAAAGGUAAAUUCGUUGUGGUAGCUUCUGGUGCAAGUGGUGAAGUGUUUGUUUUCGCGCCUUACGUCAAAGACCGCGGCGAUUAUCAAGAGGCGUUUCGAUGCAUUGGGAAAGUCUGGUCUUCAGUUCAAUCCCGAGAGCGCACAACUCAGUCGGGUCCAUCGAGUGCUGCAGAUGGCAGUCACGAAGAUAUCGUCCCCGAGAAAUACGGGGUGCCUGUUUUUUCACUUUCCGAUCGGUGGUUGGCCGUCUCGCCCCCUGCAUCCAAUGCGCUGUUUCCUGUCAACGGCACUGCCUUGGUGUCUCCCUAUAAUGAGCGACCCCCAGGACUGACCCACCAUACCGUACCGCCUCAACCCUCGGCAAACUGCAUUGUAGACGCACCCGAAGCAGAUAGUCUGUUUAACCGUCUCACGAGAGAGGGCACUCAAGUUGCUAUCAAAGGAGCACAAUGGGCCACUGAGAAAGGCUACCAGGCUUUCAAGAGCUACAUGAAUAAGAAUGUACAACCCGGAGGGAUGCCCAACUACAAUGGAUACAGUACAGAGCCUGCGCAGCCUUACUUUCCUCCGACCCAUGGACACAAUCAAACCCAGCCUAGGCAGGAGUCUUCUGUGAUAUCAAUCUAUGACCUUCAACGGUUGUACGAUGCCGAAGAGACCAAGAGCAAGAGUGCACUACACGCUGUUGCCACCAUACCCGCCGUACAAGGGUGCAGCUACCUCUCAUUCUCGCCGUCAGGUCUGAUGAUCAUGACGGUCAGCAAGAAGGGUGAUUUGCAGGAUGUGUGGGACCUCAAGCGGAUGAAUUUCAAACGGGCCCGUCGGACCACACGGGAACAGCCUCUUGGUCCACAUGUACGACAAAUUGCUCGUUUCGCACGCAUGACUGUCACCAAUGUAGUAGAUGUGGCCUGGUCGACUCCUCGAAUGGACAAGGUUGCCGUCAUCACCGAUAAGGGUACCGUGCACAUGUUCCUUAUGCCAGCUUCCGCUUUCCAGUGGCCUCCUUCUCGCCGGAUCCGCAAGUCUGUCGAGGCUGCAAAGUCAAAGGAGAGUGGAACUGAGAGUGGACGGAAAGGUGCAGUCAAUACCGCCAUGCAAGCGCUCAAUGGUACCUUUCUGAAUGCCAUGCGUCCACGUACCACAUCCAAUGGGUCUCGCUUCACGUUUUCCAGCCUGGGUAUGACUCCCACCGCAGGCGCAAAGUCCGGAAAGGCUGUUGCGGCUGGUGUAGGGAAAUCUAUCAACAACAUACGGCAUGCUGGCGAUAAUAAGCUGACGCUGCCCUCGUCACCGAGUGGCGUGAAGCCUCACAGCGUGCAGUGGUUCACGGGCAAAGGCCGCGGUUCAAUCGCUUUAGUGGCUAGCGGAGUGCUCCAGAUCUAUAGGAUUCAGAUGCGACCUGCAUCCGGGAAAGGGAAAUCGGCAAAUGAGACACUCAUCUCCAAAACCAAGUCGGUCGAAUACGGACUGGCGCCGAUUCACGACACACCAUUACCACUGUCUACUGCUAUGCAACUGCAGCCUCAAGUAGAGGAUCACGAUGUCGUGAACGAUGUUUACGGAGAGUGGUUUCCUCGCUCGUUACCGUCACGCCUGACAAAGGCUGGUGCCCCAAACACGAAACUGGUUGGAUCGUCGCCUGCACCUUUGAGCUUCUCUGAGAUCGAAACAAAUCCUCCUUAUCAGCCUUUCUAUACUGACCGUCGAGUGACACGCUAUGUGUUCUCCCGAGUGAGCGAUGUGGAGAGCAAUGGAAGUGAGCACGAGCCUAUCAUACCUGAAACGACUUCGAACCUGCAUCAUAACGAUGAUGUGUCGCCUUGGGUUUUCGGCCAAGAUGUUGAGGCCGUCCGGAUCUCAUCUCCAGCGAUGCAACACUACGAAUCUGGGGAAGACGAUGACAUUAUCGCUGGAGUUGCAGCACGCAUUGAAAACAAAUUAGUCCUCCGAGACGGCGAAGAAGAAGUUGAACAAGUAGUCGUUACCACGCGGCGAAAACGCACACGUAAACAAGGCGCCGAAGAGGACGAGGAUGGCUUCUUCGAGGAUGAUUGCGAAGUACUCGAUUUUGCAGAAGACCGAGUCUAG